AUUUCUGGUUCCAUUACUUCUACAAAAGCCACCACCAAGAAGACAACUGCUGCAAUGGCUCAGUUUUUAGCGAGCCGUCAGCUAGGCGAUGACUCUACACCUGUCGUGUCUUCGGAUGACGAAGGGUUACUUGAUGCAGAUGCAGCUAUAUUGCUGGAAGACGAUGUGGAUCAUUAAGGGUUGAAGCAUUUGCAUUUUAUUACUACAUCAUGGGAUACUAUGUAUAGUAUACUAUAGUAUAGGCUCCCUUAGCAUUCCUAUGUGUUUGAAAAUGAAAUGCCUCAACAACCUUCCUUUAAGAUGAGGAGAGUCUGAAUUCGACGAAGCUUCGUAUGCAAAAGAUGGCACCUGGUAGAUUUGGGGCGUCGAGUUUGCUAUGGGGAGAGCCUGAGGUGAAAGUCUUCGAAGAGAGUGUUGCCCCAACAGCUAAAGGUCGCGCUGCGAUGAGGAAAAAUAGGCAGUCUGCGUUGCUUUACAAUGCCUCUGGUGGAACAAGUACAGGUACAAGCUCAGG